CGAAAGUCCUUUUCAUACUACAAAAUACACCUCAUACAGUCUAAGUAUCAACAAUGUUCAUUGACGAAAUGAAAUUGACGGAAAAUGUUGUCCGUAAUUUCCGUGUUGCCAAAAUAUUCAGAGAAAAUACGGAUAAAAUCACAAGCAUAGACUUUUCUUCGAACGGUGAAACAUUGAUAUCUAGCAGUGAUGACGAUUCAAUUGUAAUAUACGACUGUCAAGGAGGGACACCGAAAAGGACACUGAACAGCAAAAAGUAUGGGGUUGAUCUGAUACGAUACACACACGCUGUAAACACAGCAUUACACAGUUCAACAAAAGUGGAUGAUACCAUCCGGUACUUAUCGUUACAUGACAAUAAAUACAUCAGGUAUUUUCCUGGACACACCAAAAAGGUAGUAUGUCUAAAUAUGUCGCCAAUAAAUGACACAUUUUUGUCCGGAUCUCUUGACAAGACCAUCAGAUUAUGGGACCUUAGGUCACAAAAUUGUCAGGGACAGAUGCAUUUACCAGGUCGGCCUGUGGCAACGUUUGAUCCUGAAGGUCUCAUCUUUGCAGCUGGUAUUAACUCGGAAUGUGUCAAACUAUAUGAUCUUAGGUCAUUUGAUAGGGGUCCAUUUGCAACCUUUAAACUACCACAAGACAAAGAUUGUGAUUGGACGGGGAUGAAGUUUAGUCCAGAUGGUAAAUUGAUUGUAGUUUCUACCAAUGGUCAGGUGAUACGUUUAAUUGACGCCUUCCAGGGAACUCCCUUACAGACUUUUGUGAUACCAUGCAGAAAGAAAGAAGUUGAUAAUGACCCAUUUGAGAGCUCCUAUACCAGAAUGGCUAAGAAUUACGUGGAAGGGGGACAUACAAACACCAAAGGUAUUCCAUUAGAGGUUUCAUUCAGUCCAGACUCCCAAUUUGUGUUCAGCGGAUCUACAGAUGGACGUGUCCACUGUUGGAAUACAGAAUCUGGCGCCAAGGUGGCAACGAUGAGUUGUGACCAUCCUGGUCCUGUACAGUGUGUCGGGUUUAACCCCAAAUUUAUGAUGUUAGCAACAGCAUGUACAAAUAUGGCCUUUUGGCUUCCUUACAUAGAUGAAUGAAUGUAUAACUCUCUGCAACAGGGAAUUACGUAUGAAGUGCAAUGGAGGAAUCAAAAUCAGCAGAUUUCACAUGUCCAUAAUAAAUGUGUGUACACAAGACGAUAUAUGCUGUGUUUCCAUGGUAUGUGUGUUUUACACAGAGGAUAUAUGCUGUGUCCAUGAUAGAAGUUUUACACAGUGUAAAUACUUAAAAGUGUAGUCAGUUGUUGUCAUACUUUAUUAGACAUAGUGAAAAGUGACAAAAUGAUAAUGCACUGAUGCUGCUGAAAAAUUGUACAGUUUAAGCAGAGGACAUUAUACCAUGAAUAAUAAUAAAAAAGACAGCUACAGCUGUAGAAAGAUCAGGAUGUGGAUAUUGUAUGAAAUAGGACAGAACUGUCAGUGGAAUUCAUCGUAAAAUAAUCAUUUUUGUCAUUGAUACAACAGUCUUUGGUUUAAGUCAUUAUUCUGUAUCUUCAAGGUAGCCAUGUGACAUUUGAAUUUUAUGCUUUAGGAUGUUGCAAUCGAUUUAUAUAAGCAACUUUCUUGGCACAAUCUCAUUAAGUAAGAAUUAUGUGCAGUCCGUACAAAAUGUAAUUUAAAGUUAGUGUAAUGCAUAUAAGUUUUGGAUUAGUUUGAAGACUGUGUCUUAUUGACUUAAACUUUAAUUGAAGUGCUACUCUGGUGUCAAAAAGAAAGAAAAUAAAAGAUGUAAACAAUGUACCCAGUCUUGGGUACAAAUUAUAUCAUAGAUCGGAAACAAUCAGUCUAACAACAGCUGGAAAAGCUAGUCUGUUGAACUAUAGAAUCAAGUCUUGAAAUUCAGCACUGGUGCUGAUUACUGGCUUCGGUUAUCAGAAUACACCUUUAAUACUGUAGUUUGAAAAGAUAUUGCACACUUAAGCUGGUAGAUUUUCAGGGUCCAUGGUUAACUUAUUUAAUCCCAAGCCUGAGGAAUGGCUAAAAUUCGUACUAAAAUUCAGUAUGUAAAUGUCAAAGGUCUCCUUUUAACAGUUUAUAAGUUGUUUUUUUCUUUUUAAAAUAGAAGUGACUUCUAUAUUGACAUUUUUAUGACAUUCAGUUUAAUACAAUUUUGUAAAAAAAAUGUAUCAUAAUAAAGAUAAAUACACUAAACUUGAAAACGU